UUGAAACGCGAUUUCGUAUCUGAUGUUUCCCCUGGCCCUGGUCUCCAUUGUAUUCCCAAUUAGAUAGCGCAAUGUCUCACCUAACCUAUGGACAGAUAUUGCAUGCAUUCCUGGACGGUAUCAGAGGACAAACCUGGCCUCUCUGAAGACGACGUGGAGAGUCAUGGAUUUCCCAGGGCACUUUGAACAGAUCUUCCAGCAGCUGAACUACCAGCGGCUGCAUGGACAGUUGUGUGACUGUGUGAUCAUGGUGGGUAGCCGUCACUUUAAGGCCCACCGAGCCGUGCUGUCCGCCUGCAGCACACAUUUCAGAGCCCUUUUUACUGCUGCAGAGGGAGAUGCUAGCACGAGAAUGAUCCACCUGGACUCUGAGGUGGUGACGGCUGAAGCGUUUGCUGCUCUCAUGGACAUGAUGUACACAUCCACGCUGAUGCUAGGGGAGAGUAACGUGAUGGAUGUCUUGUUGGCCGCUUCUCACCUGCAUCUAAAUGCUGUUGUGAAAGCCUGUAAGCACUAUCUAACAACUCGCACUCUACCCAUGUCUCCUCCAGCAGAGCGUGGUAGCCAGCAUCACUCCGAGCAGCAACAAGUAGCAAGUGCUGCUAACUCUCACUUCCAGCGCUCAUUUCUACUGCAGCAGCUUGGCCUGAGCCUGGUCAGCUCUGCUCUGGGUGGGGCUGAAGACAGGGGUACAGGGACCGGGAGGAGAACAGGUUCAACGUGUGGGAGCGCGUUAGUCGAUCAGCGUGGUUCUCACCCGACACGUCGUUUCCUGAAGCGCAAACAGCCCUUGUCUCUGAUCGCCCCAGAACGGGCGAGGCAGUGCCUCUCCUCACAGGUAGAGGGGAUUGUGGGGGAUGGAGAAGGCAGAGAGGGUGGAGAGGAGCUUCUUUCACCAGACUCCCACAGUAAAAUGGCAGAGGAGAUCGUCGCUGGGGAUGAUGGAGGUUUACUAGAGCAAGAUGACUACCGAAGGGGCUUGACCCACAAAGACAUGCAGCUUCCCAGCCAGUCGGAUGGGGGCAUGGGAUCCGGAGCAGAAAAAACUUUGCUGUUGCCACGUAAAGAGGAGUACAGUGAUGGGAUGAAGAUAAAGAGUGGAGGUGAGGAAGAGGAGGAGCAACAUAUGCAGGUUGUGGUGAAGAGUGAACCACUGAGUUCGCCUGAGGAUGAAACUAGCGAUGUUACUUCCCAGGCAGAAGGGUGUGAUCAGGUGGAGACAGUUGUAGAAAAGCUGGAGCUGAGUCCGGAGGGCAGUGAGCGCAGCUACUCUGAUCCCCAGCCCAGCUCCGAACUACUGAUUAAAGGAAGCAAGGGAUUAGGAGCAGGAGGAGAGAGAGAAGGAAGAGGAGAGGCACUGUUCUGCAGUGAUGCUUUGGAGUCCUCCUCCGGAUUGCAUAUCUCUAGUUUCCUCAGCCCAAAGAGCUUUGCUGGCAGAGCGGCAUCAUCUAACCUUGCCACAAGUGUUGACAACGUUCCCAACACUACAACUGGCGAGUUUCAAACUGACCAGGAUCCUGCUCACUUUUUCCUGCCAGCUGUUUCCAUCAACACCGCAUCUUCCUCCUCGCUGCACCUCCUCCCAGGGGAGUCGCAGGUCUGCUCCGACCUGCAAUCAGAGCCGCUCCUCCUGCGGCCACUGCAUGAUGGAAUAGCGUCAUCCUCUUCAUUAAUGACAUCUCACACCGGUGCUGUAGACCAGCUGGCACUGGAGUUCCAACGCAACAUUUUGGGGUUGCAGACAUUUUCUCGUUCAACCAGGGGUGGUGCUGGAGCGUGCCACACAUACCGACGCAUUGCUCCCAAAGUUCCUUUGGGCAGUGCUUCAAUGCACACAGAUGGUUCCCAGCAACAGGACACAGCCUCCUCGUCUUCUUCCUCCACAAUGCUUCUAAAUGGAAUCAACUUUGAGGGCUCUGUUUCUGUAGGUCAAAACAGUGGCAACUCUAACUUGAACCCGCUCCCCCAGCUGACAAGAGCCUCUGCAGAUGUUUUGUCGAAGUGUAAGAAGGCACUUUCAGAGCACAACGUGCUGGUGGUGGAAGGCGCCAGGAAGUAUGCCUGCAAGAUCUGCUGUAAGACUUUUCUCACUCUGACUGAUUGCAAGAAACACAUCAGAGUUCAUACGGGAGAGAGACCAUACGCCUGUCUGAAAUGUGGCAAGCGCUUUAGUCAGUCCAGUCACUUGUACAAGCACUCAAAAACAACCUGCUUACGAUGGCAGAACAGUGAAAUGUCUAAUGCUGAUUAAAUCUGAUUAAACACUCUCUUAAUGACAGAGCCACUCCAAAGACACCAUUCAACAAUGGGUGGCCACCAUUCAGUUUUUUUUUUUACUGCUUUCUAGACUAGACAGUAUGUGCAGACCUGUACACCAUAGUCUCAGAUCUGCCCAUCUGCUCAGCUGUAUAUGGUGUAAAAUGACUACCAGAUUAUCAACAGUAUUAUAACAUUUUAAGCUGUUAUUGAUGUUGCAUCGCUGUAGGAGUUUUCUUAACAUACUCAAGAACUUCUGAGAUUUAACGUGCCAUUUAUGAUAAAAUGGCUACGUUCUCACAGUCAGUGUUUGGGAUUGACAACCGUAUUUACUAGCAAGUGUGACUCAAAUUACAUAAAAUGGCAAACAGGAGCUGAUUGAAUUAUAGCUCUAUGAUCAGGUAAUUAAAGUAAGGCCCUUUGUUUUUGUGUGUUCCGGAUCGGAUUGCGCCCGGUCAACCGCGUUGCCUUUCAAAGUAUAGUCUUCUGACCGCGAACAAAUAUGGACGUGUUCAAAGCGUAACUCUAUUAGUACAGUCAACGGCAGUAGCAUGCGCGAUUAUGCGCACAGAUGAGGACUAUCCACGUUUCUAAAAUAUCUGGCCCCGCACGGACAUUCCACAUGGAUUGUGCUGAUGACGAUAUUUGCUAUCACGCAUACUGUGCGCGUAGAUCAACAAUGCAACAUUAAGGACACUGAGACAAGAAAGUUGCCAAUGAAAAUGUUGUUUAUUUAAUUACAAAGAUUAAUAUUAGAAAAAGAGGAUGGUGUGCUGUAAGCACUGAUGCAGUGCAGAGUGCAAGAUGGCAGAGAGUGAGAAUGUGUGUCCUUGGGCUUUAAAAUAGUUCCAAUCAACUAGCUGAUUGCCGGUAAGCUACCAGGUAACUGCAACAGACCACAGGUUAGAACUGGUAAUGCUGAAAUUCUGAAUAAGGAAAGCAAAGGACACAAUUCCCCUAUUUUCUGUAAUUUUCCGUAACCCAUGAGAGGUUGAUAGCCCUAACAUUAGUGAUUGACAGCAAACAAAGAACAGCCUGCGAAUUGUGCGCUUAUGUCAUUCACAUACAUAACUAGUUGUCGACUUCAUACAGCACGCAUCAUCGCUCUCGAAAUUCGUUAAUGACUGCUUAAAAUGUAAGAAUGUCAUUAUGGUUAUCGAAUGCUGCUGUUAGUCUGGAAACUUUCCGGAACCAUAUUUAGCUCUCCAAAAAGGACUGACGACUGUAUUCUACUGCUGUGUGAACGUAACCAAGGUGUGGUCUCUAGCUGACUGUUUGUGCUUUUGCACUUUGAAAUGUCUUUUAAAUGUCUAUGUCCAGAGGCUUUUAGCCUCAAGUACUCUGUGGAAGACACAGGAGUUGUCAGUUGCGCGCUGUUAGUGUUUUAGCCAGGCUGAUUUCAGGAAAAUUACGUGACUCUGUCAACAUUUUUGCACAAUUAUAUUACAUGGUUCCUUACACGUAUCAUGGCAGUUCCAAGAUGAAAUGUCCACUAAGUGGCACUAACAGCAAGUUAAAUUGUUUCCUAAAGAGCUUUGAGUUUUAAAUCAACAGAACCUACCUCCCUACCUAAACCUUAAAUCAAAACUUAACCAAUAGUGUCAGAAAAAAGCAUAUGUGAGAUGAAAAACAGAUUUGGUUGUUAGAGUUAAUGCUCUGUCGUCAUGCACUAUAGUAAAAGUGUUAGAUGUCACAAACUGAUAAUCUGUUAUUUUACUCUUGUUUGUGUGAAAGGCAAUAAAGUCGUUGUUGUAGCGCCUCUAGUGUUCAUUUCUCCAGGAAAAUGCAGCAAUAUGUACAAAAGGCCAUGUAAAAAUUAUUUACCAAAAAUGUUGGUUUAGCAAUGUGAUUCUACAUUAAAAACCCAAAUAAGUUGUUCGAUUAAGUAAACUUGUUCCCUCAGUUGAACUGAGUAAUGGCAUCUCCAAAACUUAUGUAAUGAAGUUCACUUAACUUGGUGUUCAUAUAGAAUGAACUUAACAAUUUAAAUUAAGGUAACUAGACCAGGUUUGUUUCAGCCUCUGACAAUGCUGUCUUUUUAACUGAAGCCUCAAAAGGAGGCAAUGAGUUAUUUCUAUUUUUGCUCUAUUCCAAAAUAUACAUAGGCAGCUGCUUUCCAAGGUAUUAUAACCUGAUUAAAAAGGAGUCGUGAGUUCGAAUCCAGGGCAUGCUGAGUGACUCCAGCCAGGUCUCCAAAGCAACCAAAUUGGCCCGGUUGCUAGGGAGGGCAGAGUCACAUGGGGUAACCUCCUUGUGGUUGCUGUAAUGUGGAUCGCUCUCGGGGUGCAUGGUGAGUUGUGCGUGGAUGACGCGGAGAAUAGCAUGAAGCCUCCACGCGCUGUGUCUCUGCAGUAACGCGCUCAACCAGCCAUGUGAUAAGAUGCGCGGGUUGACGGUCUCAGACACGGAGGCAAGUGAGAUUCGUCCUCUGCCACCUGGAUUGAGAUGAGUCACUACGCCACCACAGGGACUUGGAGCAAAUUGGGGAGGGAAAAAAAAUAGAACCUCGCAAAUAAAUACGUUUGAAACGUUCUAUAUAGGCAGCAACUAUACAGGACCUACAGGAGACUUGACCUGCAAAUGAUUCCAGUGUAGUUUGAUGUUAGCAUAUUGCUAAGCUAACAGUGCAGAACUUUAGUAAGCAUAGAAAUUCAUACUAGCACACACAAAUUGGGUAAAGCAGUACAUUUUUUAAUUGACAAUUAAAAGUUUUAAUCAUACUUAUUUAGUAUUAAAUUAAAUAUAUUUAUACAAUUUCUCACUUUGUCUGCCAUCUUAGAUUAAAUUAUUUCACAGAGAUUGGUGAAUGCACUCUGGAAUUGCCUUCACCGUGAAGGAUUUAUGCAGAGCUGCCUUAUAAUUUGUCUAAAUUGAGGAUUCUUAGAAGGCAGCCUAAUUAUUUACCUUCUGUAACAGCCUUUGUAUCUAGAGUGUGCCUGUGAUGCCUAAAAAUGCUGUUAGGUGGGCAGUUCACUAGGUUUUGGAUCAGAGCUAAUAUGUAGCAAAUGGUUUGGUGUAUGAAAUGAGAAGCCUACCAAAAUUACUGCUGUUACAGUUUUCAAAGGUCAAAUAAACUGCUUUCUAAAAGAGGGCAAAUUCAGAGCUAAAUUUCUUGUUAAAUUUUGAAAUGGUGACCAUGUACAAAUAAAGCAGAAUUGAUCAGUAGCCAUGUUGCCAAGUUAUCCAUUAACUAAUAAAUGCUUAGUUUCCUGACUGUCACUUAACAAUUAAAGGGAUAGUUCACCCAAAAAUGAAAAUUCCCUCAUCAUUUACGCACACUCAUGCCAUCCCAGAUGUGUAUGACUUUUUCUUCUGCCGAACACAAGUUAUGAUUUUUAUACAAAUAUAUCAGCUCUAUAGGUCCAUACAAUGCAAGUGAAUGGGUGCCAAAAUUGUGACGCUACAAAAAGCACAUAAAGGCAUCAUAAAAGUAAUCCAUACAACUCCAGUGGUUUAAUCCAUAUCUUCAGAAGUGAUAUGAUAAGUGUGGGUGAGAAACAGAUAAAUAUUUAAGUCCUUUUUUUGCUUGAAAUUCUUCUCCCUGCCCAGUAGGGGGAGAUAUGCAAGAAGAAAGUGAAUCACCAAAAACAUAAGAAGAAGAAAGUGAAACUGAUCUGUUUCUCACCCACACCUAUCAUAUCGCUUCUGAAGAUAUUGUUUAAAAACUGGAGUCCAAUGGAUUACUUCUAUAAAGCCUAUGUGAUUUUUUGAGCUUCAAAAUGUUGGCACCUUUUAUAUUGCAUUGUAAGGCCCAAAAGAGCUGAGAUAUUCUUCUACAAAUCUUCAUUUGUGUUCAUCAGAAGAAAGAAAGUCAUACACAUCUGGGAUGGCAUGAGGAUGAAUAAAUGAUGAGAACAUUUUCAUUUUUGGGUGAACUAUCCCUUUAAUGAUUAAAUGCAUUAUGGAAUGUAAUUACUAUUUUGUAGUCUAGAACAAAAUAUUAAUGUGGUCCAAAUGAAAUCUUUAGCAAACAAGGUGUUUUAAUUUAAAGGUAUUCCUUUAUGCACAGAAAAGGUAUAUGUAAGAAUGUUUCCAUCUGUAUCACUGUGUAUUUAUGCCUGUUUCUGCUGUAUUCAGUUGUACAUUGAUAAGGGCCGUUUGCAGACCGGGAACUUUCUCUUCGUUUUGCUCCACAGUUACGUCUAGCCCUGAAGCAGUUAUAACUUGCCGUCUCGUACAAAUUGUGAAACGUGAUAGCUCUUAGUUGUUUUGGUAAGGUUGUAAGUUUAGUAAAGACAAUUAAUAAUGUGCCUACAAAUUUAGUUGGACAAAGAGAAUAACAGAAAGGGAAAAUGGACCAUGAUGUAAAAAACAAAAUUGCACCUUCAGUCGUUAUGGCUUUAAUGUUGUAUGUUUUGUGGACUUACAGAUGUAAAUCUUUUUUAAAAGAAACAGAAAUCACUGUAAAUAAAAAACUGAUGAUGUUG